UGAUUCAAUCAAUCGUUUUCGUGUCAGCUCGCGUCUCAAUCGAGUUUUAGGGAGGCGAGAGAGAGCUCGUUGGAUUUCAAAGGUCUCGAUCUUGCUUUCUCCGUCGCUCGAUCGGGCCAUGGCGACACCGAGCGAGCAAUCCAUCCUGGAUUGAACCGUGGGCUAAGAAGAUUAGGGUUGCGAUCAAUUUCUGCUCGUCAUUCGGGAGGCGUUGAUUUCUUGUUUGGUUGAAGCGAUCGCCGAAUUUGGUUUGGGGAGAAAGAGAGUCGAGCUGAGCGAUGGAUCAGAGGAGGGCCCUGUUUCGCUCGAAAGUGAGAGAGGCACAAAAGCGUGAGAAGCGCAUCGAUUCUCCCCUCGUGAGGUAUAAUGAGAAUGAUCAGCCAGUUUGCCGAGUGUGCAACAUUGUCUUGAAGUCAGAAUCAAAUUGGCCUGCACAUCAAGUUUCUAGGAAGCAUCAUGAGGCUAUUGAGAAUCUAAAAGCUACAGCUGGUGGAUUGCCUCGUGAGAAUAAUCUAGGCUCUGAACCUCCAAAGGUGUCACAAACUAGAUCGUCUUCCACAUUGCCUGCAGACUUUUUUGAUGGUCAAGGUGCAAAGAGACAAAAGACCGAUACGGUUCUGGGAGGGACGACCCAGUCUGUUAUCACACCAGCUGGUUCUUCUUUCUCUUAUAAACAAGGCAAGAAAGAUUUAUCUCCCGUUAGUCAGCCCUUGAAUGCACCAGAGUCUCUGAACAUUAGAAGUGAGAAGGUUGUGGUGAGUGAGGAAACAAGUGUGAGUAAACUGUCUACUAAGCUUGAUCAGCCGUCAAAAAUGAUGGGUGGCACAGAUGGUCAGCAAGAUAUGGGGGUUCUUCCCAAUAACUUUUUCGACAACAAUGAAAGAACUGAUGAUCAGCCUUUAAAACAGAUAGAAGACAAAAGUAAUUUACAACUCAAGAAGGUAAACAAAACUCUGGAUAGUUCCAAUCAGACCAGUCAAGCAUCAAAAAAGAUCGAUGGAUCUGAUGCCAAGCAAGUUAAAGGAGCAUUACCAGAAGGUUUUUUUGACAAUAAGGAUGCAGAUCUCCGUGCACGUGGGAUUGAACCUGUUAAAGUUGAUAUAAAUGAUGCAUACAAAGAAUUCGAGAAGGAAAUCCAAGGUAAUUUGCAGGAAGUGGAUGACCGCCUGGAAGAAGAAGAGAUUGAUGCUGCUGAUGAGAUGGAGGAGUUUCGUUCUCUGGAGCAAAAGGCAUAUAAAGAGAAGGUGGAUGAGAUAAAGAAGAAGCUUAUUGAGGCGAAGGCAGAACGUCUUGCAAGAUUACAGCAACCCCCGACGUUUUUGGGCAAGGAGUCUAGUGAUGAGUCAUCAAGUGACGAGGAGGGUGACGAUGAUGACACCAGUAACUUUGCAGUGGAUUGGAGGGCUCAACAUUUGUAGACUGUACAACUAUUUUGAUCAUACAGACCUAUUUUGUAUGCAAGUAUCCUCUCAUUUUUAACUUUUGUCCCAAUCAUUUCUUUCU